AUGUUUGUCAAUGCAUUUGAGUCAUAUCAUCUAGUAGGUACUGGGCUCAAAGCCCGCCGAGCCCACGUCAAAGAACUCCGCCGGCGAGAAGAUGAAUUAAAAACAUCCUAUCAAAAAAGCAAAGAAAUAGACGAUCUGUAUAACAAACCCCAAAGCCAGACACCGCGCACCCAUAAUACAGAACAAGAUACAUAUGCAGACAAGACGCAAGAGCUCAGAGCUUCAACAUCACAGGCUGUUGAAAUUGAACGGCCGGUGUGA